AUGAAAUGUAGGGUAAUAUGGUUCCUUGCUCUUCAGUGUGUGGCUGAUUUCGAUACCUUGCCAGCCCCAAUCAAGUACGAGACGGAGGUGAAAAUCCGGGAGGAAGAAGAGUCGCAUCACGAACAAUGGGCGAAGCUGCUAGAUGACAUCGAUUUGAAGAAUUUUGAGAUUCCGGAGUCUGAGGCAGACAAUAAUGCGCCGUUCAACGCGGCAUUAUUCAAGCCAAUGUACGCUUUCCGGUUGCGCGUGCCGGGUUUGUCCGACUACUGGACGGUGAUGGAGCCGUAUUCGUUGGAGCCGUUGACGUCGUUGCGGAUUCCGGCGGCGCUCAAGGUGACGUACAACGGACAGGAUCUGGAUUUGAACCUGCCUGCCAAGUUACAGGGCGUUACGUCUGGCGGCGUGAUCACGGUGGCGACGCCGGACCCGGCGGAGACUGACAAAGUGUAUCCGUUCAAGUCGCGGAAGCCGAACGGCCAGCGGUGGUACACGCUCAAGACGCAUAAACUACGUAGUCAGGCGGACGUGGAUGCAGACGCCGCGGCUGCCUCCGUGGACCCUGAGGUGGGCGCGGGCCUGCGCGCAAUGCAGAGCAGCAGUGCGGGCCUCACCAACAUGGUAGCCAGCGACAAGAGUGCCACGGGCUUGGCCAUGACCAACUGCGACGAAACCGCGGAGGAAGUAGCAGUCGACGAGGAGGGCCGCAUGGAGAAGCCGUCGGUGGUGAACUACGUGACCGCACGCGAUAAAAACGUUAUCGAACAGUAUCUCGGAGUGAACGUCUGCGACCUCGUGGUCUUCGGGCCGAACGUCUGCGAACCAAACGAUCCUGCCCGACGGUAUUUAAUGCGGGAGUAUGUGCGCAAGCGAGCAAUCGUAUUUGCAGUGGUAAUGGUUGCCUUCGGGUCGGCGGUGCUCUUGCUUCAAAUCAUCAUGCGGUUCCUACACCGGCGACUGAUGCGGAAGGACGACAAGUUCAUGUUAUUGCUGCUGGAGACAACAUUCCGCACCUUGUCGAUGGUGGCGAUAGGAGGAUCUUUAAUCAAGCUGGUCUUCAGCUGGGACUUUCUGCAGGAGGAAUGGGAGUAUAGCAUUUUCCACCGGCUAUUUCUGGAGAUGCACGUACCGAUUCCCUCGGGAGAGGUGCUAAAUAAUUUGGUGAACGUGUUUUUGGUGCGUGUGGAUGACUUCGUUCUGCUCUAUGGCGUGUUCGGAGCGCUCUUCACGACGCUGGCACAUAUGGACUUCGUGCGGCUGCGCGAAGCGGACGAGAUUGCGUUAAUUGAGGCGAUGAGCAGCAAGCGGCCGGACCUGAUCGACUUUUUCGUGGCACGAUACGAAUAUAAGGACCGCGUUAAUUCGCGUAUGCUCGGCGGCUUGGACCACCCCAGCUGUUGGUUCGUGGAGUACUUCCACGCCGGUGUGUUGCAGACGUCCCGAGAGAUUCUGCGCUUGCCGAUCUCGACGUUGAUUUUGUUUCUGGCGGGUAUUGGCGCAAUUUUCCCGCUCUACCGCCUCUACCGGCUUAAGGCGCUCGCCGUGGUCAUGGCCGUAGCAUUGCUGGCGCCCGGGUGCCUGACGUUGGUCUUUAUCCGCCUGCUCUGGAUCAAGCGUCAAAUGCUGCCCGUAGAUGUCGACCGCUACUGUUUGCUGCGGUUCCAGCUGGACCACGGCAUGGGGGAGGUGACGGAGACACAGUUGGACAUGCUGGCCGAGAACCUGCCGCGGUACCGCCUUGGUCGCGGCCCUCGUCAGUUUGAACACACAGACUCGGCGUGGUGGAAGGCACGACUAUACGGCACCAUGCGGCCGACGCGGCACGAUCAGCUGUUUUUGCUAGGUCGUCGCGGUCCGGGUAUCCUGUUCCGGUUAGUACAGGGUAGCUACCUGUUGCUGCUAUGUGUGUGCUCUUAUGUUCUCGAACAGCUGGAUUCGAACGCACGUCUCUGGACGAUCGACUACGGCUUCUGGCCCCUCAUAAUGAUGGCCCUCAUUAUCGCCUACUCGCUUUCCCUCCUUCCCACGUUGUUGCACACGUUAACGCUCGUUACGUACACUGGUAUGCGGGUCGACGACGACAUGCUCAUUCAGGUUGUGCAACAAGCUCGCACCAUAUUCAUCACUAAACUGACUUACUUCCUUGAUGGCAUCCGCUGCCAGGCCAUGCUCUGGCAUGUCAUCCAGGGUGGCCCCGAGCUAUGGGAACGUCUCCACCAGUUGCAUUUACGCCAGCCCCUCGGCAUCCGCGAAGACCGCCACGCACUCUGGCUCUCGCUCACCUGCGAUACGGACGGCGUCAUGAACGACGAUGUCAUCAAGGAACUCUUCCUCCAACAGGGCGUCAACCUCGGCUCCAAAAAAGCCGUCUUCGAUUGGCUACGACUCUUCCGUACCAAAACGUUCAGUGAACGACAAUUCAACAUCAUGCUCUUUGUCAUCCACGAUAUGCUCUCACCCGAGGGAUUGGACCACGACACCAUGCGCGACUAUCUCAUCAACAAAAUCGACAUCGAUCCUAUCGUCGAAUGGCAACAUAUCCAAAUGCUCGCACGUGAAGUCGGAGACGAAGACCAAUGGUCCCGCGUCGACUGCAAACAUCUCAUCGCUUUCCUCGCAGGCAACCCUCAUAUCACCGAACUCAGCAUCGCUGACUUUAUCAAUGCAGUCGUCGACGUUGACCGCACCACCAUUGGCGCUCUAGGAAAGGCAGCAAAACACGUCAAAGAUUCCAAGAUCAGAGUCGCCCCACUCCCAGACUACUAA